AACGCUGACCGCUCCUUCUGGGUGUCACGGCUGCCCUGCCCUUCCUAGAUAAUUGGCACCAAAUUCUCCUGAGGCUUGGGGGGGAGGGGGCCAGGGGUGUCAGAGGGACACUAGCUGGGGAUCAGGGGACUAAUAGGACCCUAGCUUGAUUUCUUCCUAUUCUCAAGUUCCUUUUUAUUUCUCCCUUGCGUAACUCGCUCUUCCCUUCUGCGCCUUUGCCUGUAUUCCCACCCUCCCUGCUACCUCCUGGCCACCUCACUUGCAGCCCACAGCUGUCAGCAGGGUCCCUAGCUCAUGCCAGCCUCAUCUCCAGGCAACAUGGGAGGCUCAGUCAGAGAGCCAGCCCUUUCGGUCACUCUUUGGUUGAGUUGGGGGGCAGUUCUGGGGGCUGUGACUUGUGCUGUCGCACUACUGAUCCAACAAGCAGAGUUGCAGAGCCUAAGGCGGGAGGUGAGCCGGCUGCAGCGGAGUGGAGGAGCUUCCCAGAAGCGGGGAGAGCCUCCAUGGCAGAGCCUCUGGGAACAGAGUCCUGAUGUCCUGGGAGCCUGGAAGGAUGGGGCCAAAUCUCGGAGAAGGAGAGCAGUACUCACCCAGAAGCACAAGAAGAAGCAGUCCGUUCUGCAUCUUGUUCCAAUUAACAUUACCUCCAAGGACUCUGACAUGACAGAGGUGAUGUGGCAACCAGCUCUUAGGCGUGGGAGAGGCCUGGAGGCCCAAGGAGACACUGUUCGAGUCCGGGACACUGGAAUUUAUCUGCUAUAUAGUCAGGUCCUGUUUCAUGAUGUGACUUUCACCAUGGGUCAGGUGGUAUCUCGGGAAGGCCAAGGGAGAAGGGAGACUCUAUUCCGGUGUAUCAAAAGUAUGCCUUCUGAUCCUGACCGUGCCUACAACAGCUGCUACAGUGCAGGUGUCUUUCACUUACAUCAAGGGGAUAUUAUCACUGUCAAAAUUCCUCGGGCAAACGCAAAACUUAGCCUUUCUCCACAUGGAACAUUCCUGGGGUUUGUGAAACUAUGACUGUGCUAUAAAGGUGGGGUUCCCAUUCCAAGAACUGGCUAGACAAAGGACAGCAAGUGGUCAAGAACCGUUCUCCUUGGUUUUGACGUCUUGACUGUUGUUCCCCGCUUUGCCUUUCCCGAUCCCACUAUCUGGGUUCUGAUUCCAUAGAUAUUAAAGAAGUAGAAUAUUUUGUGUCUAUCUCCCACAUGGCCCCAAAUUCUUUUGUUGUGUGUGUUAAAGGGGUUUUGUGCACUGUGCCAAGCCUUAUCCACUGGACUGCAUCCAGAACAGCACCACCAUCUAGAGGCAGUUUGAGGAAAGAACACGGUCUCUGCUAGGGAAAACGUGUCCCUCGGCCACAACUCUUCAAGCCCCCUGCUUCAAUGUACAAGAAGCCCGAUUUUCACUAUCUCACUAUUGCGUCCAAAUUCUUGUUACUGUCUAGAAAAAAAAUGUAUUUUAGGUGCCUCGACAUCCAUUCCAUUCAUGCUCCCCAUUCCCCUAGCAAACUUCCGAGCUGAACAUUGUGCUUCACCGCUUUAAUCCCAGUACUCGGAGGCCUAUUUCUAUGUUAGCGGUCAACUUGGUCUAAAUAGUGAGUUCCAGGCCAUCCAGGGGUUACAGUGGUUGAGACCCUGUUUCAAACAAACAAAUAAAAGACUCUACAAGA